UCAAACCGAUGCUGUCAGCUGUCAAAGCUCCUGCCCUGCCCAGUUUCUCCCUAAAAACUCCCGUAUCCAAUCCAAUCCCGCUAUUACAUGGAGAAGGCGGGUGUUGAAAUUACAUUCAACCAAACUCUACCCUGCAUUCACCCCUUUUCAUGUCGAUCGAGGAAGGAAGGGUUCAGCCAGCUAGCCUUCUAGCUAGCCAUCCGUCCAGGAAGACGGGUCCAAUUCUAAGCUAGCUAGCUAGCUUGCUACUCAAAUCUUUAUAGUAGGAAAAUGGCGGCGGGUAACGUCAACCCGUUUAAUCUGAGUGAUUCUGAAGAUGAGGCAGAUCAGAGAGCAGAGGACGGUGUUCACAUCGAAAAUAGCCCUAGCGUUGGAACGCAAGGCCCCUCGUCCAACAACCCAUUCUCUCCGCAAGCGGACGCCCAGCCCCCGGCCCUUUUAGUGUCCAGCACCCGGACCAGCCCCAGUGUGGAAGGCAUCUCGGUAUCGGUCGCAGCUGCCGCAAUGACAGUUGCCUUGGCAGAGACCCGGGUAUCCGUAGAUGUGAUCGCUGCUCAGCUAAUACGGGAUCAUUACAUCCUCACGGCCCUUGAGUUUCAUACCGAACUGUUGGAAUCAGGCAGGGAGCUUCCGCGGUUGCGUGAUUAUUUCUCCAACCCGGGCAACUUCGAGAGACAAACCGGCACUCCGCCCGCUUGUAAAGACCAAGGAAUGGGACCAGGGGGACUGCUAAACCGAGCGGGCAGCAUCAGCACAUUGGACUCUCUAGACUUCGCUCGUUACUCUGACGACGGGAACCGGGAGUCGGACGAGAGGGUGGCAGUGCUGGAGUUUGAGCUACGGAAAGCCAAGGAGACCAUUCAGGCUCUACGCACCAACUUGACUCAGGCAGCAGAAAGCGACACUCAGGAGAGAAACAAGAACUACAGUUCCCAUCCUGAGACUCAGGAACCUAUCCGCCCACUAGAGAAGCGAGCCUUAAAUUUCCUUGUGAAUGAAUAUCUAUUAAAGAAUGAAUACAAACUGUCGGCCAUCACAUUCUCUGAUGAAAAUGAUGACCAGGACUUUGAGUUGUGGGACGACGUGGGCCUGAACAUUCCAAAGCCUCCCGACCUAUUACAGAUCUACAGGAACUGUGGCUCCGCCCUUCCGUCGCCGCGGAAUACCGUGGACGUAGCCGUGGGAGUGGAGUCAGGCGAGCUCACUGGGAACUACAUUACCCAGAAAUCUGAUCUCUUACAGCAGCAGCAGACGGAGGUAGUUGAGGAGUUGGAGUAUCAGAUUAGUCUUCUGAACGAGGAGAAACAGAGUCUGGCCGACUAUAUCAAGAAACUACAGAGUGAGAUCCAAAGCCUGAGAAGGACAGUCCCCCCCCCUCCUCAUGACCAGGGCUCACAGCCCAACCCCUCCUCCUCCACCACUCCCCAGCCCCCUCUGGACAACGGUCAGUACCUGGAUAUCAGGGUCGCCUCAGAACCUGAUAACCCCCCCACUGAGAGCAACCCCCCCACUCAGACCAUCAGUAACCCUACACACACCUCUUCACAACCCCAUGCCAAGCUAAAGAGCAGAGGGACGGUGGUGUUUGACCAGCCCAACAGGAAGUUGUCCCCGGCAUUCCAGCAGGCCCUCCUGUCCUUCUGUAAGAUGUCAGCUGACAGUCGUCUGGGUGCAGAGGUGUCGAGGAUAGCAGACAAUGAGGAGAGUGUGAUGCUGAUGUUGGGUCGCUGUCUCCCUCACAUCGUCCCCAAUGUCCUCCUGGCCAAACGAGAGAGAAUGGUUGCACACCUGUGCCAGGAGUUGAUUCCUCUCAUCCUGUGUACGGCGUGUCUCCACCCGGAGCCUAAAGAGAGAGACCAGCUCCUCCACAUCCUCUUCAACCUCAUCAAGAGACCUGACGACGAACAGAGGCAGAUGAUCCUAACAGGUUGUGUGGCGUUUGCCAGACAUGUUGGUCCUACCAGAGUUGAGACUGAACUCUUACCACAAUGCUGGGAACAGAUCAACCAUAAGUAUCCAGAGAGGAGGUUGUUGGUAGCAGAAGCCUGUGGAGCCUUAGCACCUUACCUGCCUAAGGAGAUCCGUAGUUCCCUGGUGUUGUCCAUGCUGCAGCAGAUGCUGGCUGAAGACAAGGCAGACAUGGUCAGAGAGGCUGUGGUCAAAAGCCUCGCUAUCAUCAUGGGAUACAUCGACGACCCUGACAAGUACUCCCAGGGUUUCGAGCUGAUGUUGCUGUCCCUUGGUGACCCAUCCGAGAGGGUGGUCAGUGCUAUCCACCAGGUGUUCAUCCCAGCAUUCGCUGCCUGGACCACAGAGCUGGGAAAUCUCCAGACCACUCUCAUCCCCUCUCUACUGGCCCGCAUAGAGAAACUUCUCAAGCAGGGAGAACAUGGUCUUGAUGAACACAAGCUCCACAUGUUCCUGUCUGCCCUCCAGUCUCUCAUCCCUCCUCUGUUCUCUGUGGUGAUCCAGAACGCUCCCUUCACACACAGAGUUAACCUGCAAGGAGACAUUCCCCCCAUAGAGGUGACGCGGUUCCCUCGUCCGGCGUCUCCUCUGCAGGAUAUAGCGACUAUCGUUGGCAGCCGGGAGACGCUGAGCGCCCUUCUCAUCCUGUAUGAUUACCAGCUAGAACAUGAGGGCACCACAGGCUGGGACAGUCUGCUGUGGGUGGUCAACCAACUUCUUCCCCAGCUGAUAGACAUAGUAGGUCGUAUUAACGUAGCCUCCACUACUUGUGUCCAUGAGUUCUCACGUUUCUUCUGGAGACUCUGUCGCACAUUUGGCAAGAUCUUCACUAACACUAAGGUAAAACCGCAGUUCCAAGAGAUCCUACGGCUCUCUGAAGAGAAUGUGGAUGCUUUAACUGGGAAUGGUAUUCUGACCAAGGCUACUGUCCCCAUUUAUGCUACAGGAGUACUGACAUGCUACAAUCAGGAUGAGGAUCGUAAGCUGCUUGUUGGUUUUCUAGAGGACGUCAUGACGACACUGUCUCUCUCACAUGCCCCCCUGGACAGCCUCAAAGCCUCCUUUGUAGAGCUGGGGGCUAACCCAGUGUACCAUGAGUUGUUACUGACAGUGCUAUGGUAUGGAGUGGUCCAUACCUCCGCUCUAGUCCGCUGUACCGCCGCACGCAUGUUUGAGUUGAUUCUGCGAGGCAUGUCAGAAGCUUUAAUAGACCGUCGGGUGGCCCCGGCUCUUAUAACACUGUGCAGUGGCCCUGAAUUUUCAGUUAGGAUAUCUACUAUCCCUGCCUUUGGUACCAUCAUGGAGACGGUCACGCAGAAAGAGCUGUUGGAGCGUGUGAAGAUGCAGCUAGCAUCGUUCCUGGAGGACCCACAGUACCAGGACCAACACUCUCUACACAUGGAGAUCAUCAGGACCUUUGGCCGAGUCGGACCCAACGCUGAGCCACGCUUCAGAGACGAGUUUGUGCUGCCUCACCUCCACAAACUAGCGUUGGGUAACAACGUCCAGGCUACAGAGAGUAAGAGGAUAGACAUCGCUACUCAGCUGUUUGAGGCCUACAGCGCUCUCUCCUGUUGCUUCAUCUCAGAGGAGCUGAUGGUGAAUCACUUCCUGCCUGGACUAAGGUGUCUGAGGACCGACAUGGAACAGCUAUCUCCUGAACACGAGGUGAUCCUGAGCUCCAUGAUCAAGGAGGGAGAGAUAAAGGUAGAAAACAGAGGGAUCGGACAGGCAGAGGGCUCUGUGUCCAUUGCUGCUAGUCUGGUUGGUGAAGACGCUAAAACCAAGUUCCUGAGUAAGAUGGGUCAGCUGACCACGUCCGGCGCCAUGCUGGCCAACGUCUUCCAGAGGAAGAAAUGAUCUAUCCUUCCGCCGGCUGCCUGGGGCCCCAGCGCACUACAUGUCCCAUGAGCCUCCAGUGUCCGGGAGCGCUGGCCCAGCCACCAGUGAUAGGACAGGUCAGGGUCUCUGUUCGAAUACCUUCUAGAUGCAUCCUUCACUCCUCUGUGACUCGAAAGGGGAGAGCUAUCUGGCUGAGCCCUAGGAAGGGAGAAAGGAAGGGUGCGCUUUGAAGUAUUCGAUCAGGGCCAAGGUGUAUAUCAAUACUCUGAAGUGACUUCCUCGUCUCAAGGAGAGAAAACAAGAUGAGUAGAGGAAGUCAUUAUAGACUAUUGAGAUGCACCUAAUUGGGUUUGAUUUAGAAUUUUAGCUUGCGCCAUGUUGGCACCAAAAGCUUUAUGAAUGUUGCAGUCCAGUCUAGUUAGAAUGUUAGUGGCGUUCUAUGUCAGAAUGUGAUUGUUCCGGAACCUUUUGGUGUCAACAUGGAGAGGACUAGCUUACUAACUGACGUCUGUAUGUUCAUGGCUCUGGGGAAUCGCCUACUUGAAGUCAAAAUCGCCUGCCUUUUAUUUCGUCACGUCUCUCUCUCUCAUUGUUGUUUUGAUAGUCUCUAUUUUAUAACUUAUUUAUCUCUUAAGACUUUAUUCCUCCAAAGAAAUGUGCACAUCACUUUAUCAUUCUUUUCUCUUUAUUGUGUGUAUUUUGAUUCAGAGUCGUCUUAUUAUAUAUGAUGUACAUGAUCAUCAUCACUACCAUUCAUUGGCUUUGUUUGUUUCUGUUGGAAAUGUGAAGAUGAAGAACACUGAUUCCCUCGCUCCAUGCCUCCCUCCUUCCUUCCUUGUCUCGUUUUGCAGUGUCUCGGUUGGUUCUUGUCUAAAGUGGCUGUUCUGAUUUGGGUUUUGUUAUUUUCUCUUUGGGAUAUGCUCUACAAGUAAAUAACUGUAUGAUACACUGAAAUGAAAAGGACUGUACCCAUAUUAUUAUGUACAUUUGAAAUUGGUGUCAUGAAAUAAUAAAAGACGAAAUAAACAA